AUGUCGUCGACUCCCCUGUGGACGGGCUCGUACAUCGAAGGCCACGGCGCCUGCCGCGUCGGGAGCCUCGCCAACUCGCUGCCCGGCCACUUCGACGAGAAGUGGCGCGUCGAGAUUGCGGAGUGCAAACGGCUGUGCGACAGCCACCGCUGGUGCGAGGCUUUUGAGUACGGCUCCGCCACAGGCUAUAUGCGAUGCGAGCUCCACCGAAUCCUCCCGACGCACGCGCUGCCGAUGCCGUCCUACACCUGCUUCGUCAAGGACACGCCGCCGGCUCGCUUCUGCCUCAAGUUCUGCCGGUGGCUUGGUCGCACCAAGGAGUCCAGACUGGCGGAGGGGCGGCGGGAUGGCAGGGCGCGUCGGGCGGCGGCGUCGGGUCGGGCAGCCACGGGCACGGGCGCGGGCUCGCACAGCGCCGAUUGCACCGUCAGCCCGUACAAGGACCUGCGCCGCUGCGACUUUACCGGGCAGAGCCUCUACCUCGCCAACUUCGAGCACGGCGUCGCGGACCAGCUGGCGCUGGUGCGAGCGGACCUGACGUACGCGAAGCUGGACUACGCGCAGAUGCGCGACGCCGACCUGACCAACGCAACCUGCCGGCACGCGACGACCUCGCGGACCCUCGGGGGGGAGGGGGGGGGGGUGCACGGGCUCCUCACCCAGUCGAGUCGGUACGCGAGCCUCAAGUCGACGAACCUGAAGGGCGCGACCUUCGACGGCGCGGACCUGACGCAGGCGCUGAUGGAGGGGGCCACACUCACGGACGCCUCCUUCGUCAACGCGACCGCCGGCUCCGCCGUUCUCAAGGGCGCGCUCGCCGCGAACGCCAACUUCGCCCGCGCCAUGCUCAACAAUGCCGAGAUGGAGACGCUGCAGGCGCCGGGGGCGCGCUUCGAGUAUGCGAGCCUGAUGUACGCCGACUUCUCGAAGAGCAACUUGCGCGGUGCAACCUUCGUCGGCACCGUCUUCUCCUUCACCUCCUUCAAGGAGGCGGACCUCACGGGCACAAACUGGAUCCGCGCUUCGGGCCUCGAGACGUGCGACUUCACAGGCGCAAUCUCCGCACCGUACGUCCUCGCCACGGUCGUGCUGCCGCCGCCGCCCCCGCCGCCCGAGGAGCCGGAGCUGCCGCCCGGCCUCUUUUUCCAGUACGCCCCGCCAGCGCCCGCGGCCGCAGCGCAGACUCGUCCCGGCUACGGCCCCGGAGGCGUGCGCGUGGUCACGCGCCCGCCACCCCCGCCGUACGCCUACGUCUACGGCGGCGCACCCACCACGACCGCGCCCGCAGCCACACCUGCAGCAACGCCCGCAGCAGCGCCCGCAGCCACGCCCGCGGCAGCGCCCGCAGCGAGCCCGGCCGCUUACAAUUACCUGUACAGCGCGGGCUCGUACCCCCAAUUCACGGGCCGCUGAGUAAGAGAGAGCAACUCGUGGGACCAGCACGUGCACAUGCUAGCAACAUGUGUGCGCGUGUGUGCUACGGCCCCACAGUCCCCACAGAGUCAGUGUGCGAGAUGUUUCUCUCUCACCUCUCCGUGUCUGUGUCCGCUGAUGUCUCGCUGCCUGGUGCCUCGCGCAGGCACCUUGCACCAUAAUCCAAUUUCCGUAUGUACGGCUUAAGCGCGCCCCCGCGCGUAAAGCCGUACUGCGU